AUGGUGAUCAGCUUCAGUUGCUCGGCAAGUACAAAACUGACAUGCAUAUUGGCGUUGCUGGUCAUCCUGGUCACGACGAUUCAAGUCCACAGCCAGUCUGCUUCUGGGUUCGUAAGCAUCGAUUGUGGAUGGACAAACAGCAGUGACUAUGUCGACAACACCUUAAAAUUACUCUACAAUUCUGACGGUGACUUUGUCGGCGGUGGUCUUAACCACGAGAUUUUACCAGAGUUCAUGGCUGGUGUUGCCAAUCACCAGCAACAAACCCUGAGGAGCUUCCCUGACGGCUCAAGGAAUUGCUACACACUGCCAUCCAAAAUCAGUAAGAAGUAUUUAUUGAGGGCCACUUUUACUUACGGCAACUAUGAUAGGUUGAACAAGACUCUGGAUGGGUCCUUGUUUCUGUUUGGGCUCCAUAUAGGCGUCAAUUUCUGGGAGGCGGUGAACUUAUCAAAUUCGGAUCCAUCAAACAUGAUAUGGAAGGAGGUGCUCACCAUUGCUCCGAGCGACUCCGUGUCCGUCUGCCUAAUAAACUUCGGUUCAGGGAUUCCUUUCAUAUCUUCGUUGGAGCUGAGGCCACUUGAAGAUGCAAUGUACCCUUUUGUUAAUACUUCUGUUUCAAUCAGCUGCUUUCAACGGUACAGAUUUGGCAACGCCGCAGACUUUAUCACAAGAUACCCUAUUGACAAUUAUGACCGCUUCUGGCAGAGCUGGUCUUUGACAAUCGACUACUCCUACCCCUGGUUCAGCUUGAAUACCAAGAACGUAGUGAAGAGUCCCCCCAACAACGACGCCUUCAGUGUGCCGUCAGCCAUCUUGCAGAAUGCCUCAACCUUAGACACGAACUUCUCCUCCAUGGGUUUCAGCAUAGCAGAGGGUCGCAAUCUCACCAAUAACCUGCAGCUUUUUCUCCCGAUCUUUCACUUCGCUGAGAUCAACGAGAGAAACCCAAACAGGAGGUUCAGCAUCUACAUCAACAAUGUUCUAAUGUUCUCGGACUUCUCCCCAUCGUUAUUCCAGGUGGAGAGCAAGUACUAUAGCGGGCAGUUCAUGGAGAACGCCUCUUCAUACGUAUUCUUGAACAGGACGCCCAGCUCGAGUCUUGCACCGCUCAUCAACGCGUUCGAGGUGUACUCGCCUGUUCGAAUGGAGAAUCUCACCACUGACCCUAACGAUGUCAAUUACAUGGAACGAAUUAAGACGCACCACAAUUUGGCACGAACAAGCUGGAAAGGAGAUCCAUGCUCCCCAAGAGAGUUUUCCUGGGAAGAUUUGACUUGCGACUACUCCAAGAGCAACCAGAAUCCAAGGAUUGUAACAGUAAAUCUGUCUACCAACGGACUGACAGGUGUAAUAGCCGUAUCAUUCAUGAACAUGGUAGCACUGGAAAACUUGGAUUUAUCAAAUAACAAUUUGACAGGAGCUAUUCCAGACUAUCAACUAAACUCACUCAAAGUUCUCAACUUGUCAAAUAACCAGCUCGAUGGACCAAUCCCUAAUUCUAUUCUUCGAAGAUCUCAGGCCGGUCUGCUUGACUUAAGAUUAGAAGGCAAUCCCUUAUGCUCAAAAUUCAAAGGUGCAUACUGCUCAAAUAAGAAGAAGAAGAACACCCUCACCAUAGUGAUAGUUCCUGUGGUACUGGUAUCCAUCCUAGUAGUGAUGUGCAUACUCUGGAAGUUAUAUUGCAAAGGCAAGCUAGGAGAUCAUGAGGAUUAUGCUAUGUACGAAGAAGAAACUCCCCUGCAUAUUGACAUCAGAAGAUUCACGUACGCAGAACUGAAGCUCAUUACCAACGACUUCCAAUCAAUCAUUGGAAAAGGAGGUUUCGGUAUUGUUUAUCAUGGCAUACUGGAAAACGGCAAUGAAGUAGCUGUUAAGGUGCUUGUGGAGACAUCAAUAGCAGAGUCAACAGACUUCCUCCCUGAGGUGCAAACCUUGUCCAAAGUUCAUCACAAGAAUCUUGUGACUUUGGAAGGAUAUUGCCAAAACAAGAAGUGCCUAGCACUCGUUUAUGACUUCAUGCCCAGAGGAAAUCUUCAACAACUGUUAAGAGGAGUACAUGACUAUAGUUUGAAUUGGGAACAGCGACUUCAUAUUGCUCUUGAUGCUGCACAAGGACUAGAGUAUCUACAUGAGUCAUGCACCCCAUCAAUAGUUCAUAGAGAUGUGAAAACCCCCAACAUCCUUCUGGACAAGAAUCUGGUGGGGAUAAUAUCUGAUUUUGGGCUUUCUCGUGCUUUCAAUGAUGCUCACACACACAUAUCUACUGUUGCCGCUGGCACCGUUGGCUACGUCGACCCUGAGUACCAUGCAACAUUCCAAGUCACUGCCAAGACAGACGUUUACAGCUUCGGCAUCGUGCUUUUGGAGAUCAUCACCGGCCAACCCCCGGUAUUCAUGGACCCUCAAACCGUCCACCUGCCAAAUUGGGUGCGCCAAAAGAUAGCUAAGGGCGGUGUUCACGAUAUUGUUGACAAAAGGCUGUUGGAUCAGUACGACGCCAAUUCCCUGCAAGGUGUGGUAGACCUUGCCAUGAACUGCGUCGAAAACGCAGCCAUCGGCAGGCCGACCAUGACCGAGGUAGUGUCAAGGCUCAAAGCGUUGUUGCCAGCAGUUUCAAGCGAAAAUCAGACUGUUUCUGCAACCCCUCAACCUGGGAACCCCAUGGAUACUGAAGUUCGAAGGCAGUUCCAGCUGAGGAUAUCUGGAGCGAACAACGAAGGGAGCUCCUCCCAGUCAGGUUAUACUGGUGGGAUGUCAGAAAUGAGCACCUUAUCUGGACGGUGA